AUGUUUCUUUUCCAUUACAUCUUUUCUCCGGCUCCCAAUCUAAAAGUGGUAGCGGCGGUUGUAGUUGCGGGGGCUGCGGGCGCGGCUGGAGGGCUUGGUCUGAUUGAAGGUCUCCCACUCCAGGCCGAGCUUGAUGCCCUUGAGCCAGGAGAAGACGAAGAGGGCGGAGGCGGAGGACUCGAUGUAGUUGCCGGGGCGGCCGAUGUAGGGGGAGUCCAUGACGAGCCACCAGCCGCCGGUCUGGUCCUGGGCGUUCUUCAGGCCCUCGGCAAGGGUGGUGAAGUACUUGGACAGCUUGGCGACGCCGGGGUGGCCGCGGGGCAGCAGCUGGAUGACCUCGAGGAGGGCAACGGAGUACCAGCCGUCGGCACGGGACCAGGUCAGGGGGGAGGCGCCAGUCACCUGGUUGGCCCAGACGGCCUCCUUCUUCUCAUCAAAGCCGUGAUAGAGCAGGUGGGUGGUGUUGUUGCGGGUGUGGGCGUCAAUGAUGUCGAACUGGUUGACAAUGUCGUUCCAGGCGGUGGUGUUCUUGCUGUCGAAGAGGGAAGUCCACUUGGCGUAGAAGGUGUCGGCCAUGAAGAUGCCGUCGAGCCACAUCUGGUAGUCGUAGUCGGGGCUGCGGUGGAAGAAGCCGCCCUCCGAGGUGCGAGGGUGGCGGUCCAGCUGGUCGCGGAUGGUCUUGGCGGCAAUCUUGUACUUCUCCUCGCCAGUACGCUCGUACCACCAGAGGAUGUUGUUACCAAUGCGGUACUCGUCCAGGGAGUACUGGGUAGGCUUCCAGUUAAGAAUGCUGCCGUCGGCGAGGACGACGCGGUCGUCGAUGCGGCUGCGGUACCAGUCGACAAGGGCCUCAUCUUUGGUGAGCUCAAUGGCAGCCUCGAAGCCGUCGUAGAGGACAGCCUUGGAGUAGUGGAAGGGCUUCUUGUUGUCGAUCUCAUGCUUGGUGAAGGACUCGGCGGUCCAGGCCAGGUAAGGGCCGGCGGCCGCGGCGGCGGUCGCGAAGAAGAGAACAGACUUCAUGAUUGGCUUGAGAGUCGGAGAAAGAGUGACUGUGUCGAACCAAGAAAAGGAAUGACAGUUUGGUAA